AAAUUAUACAGCUUGUGAGUUUUUAUCACACAGAUAGUGAGCAACUGGUUGCCCAUUGAGUUGUUUCCAUUUCUGUUCUUAGAAGCGUGCAAUAUCUGCAAAUUCAUGCCCAAUGAUAUAUUAAAAGGCUAUAAGCAGUUGAAUUUAAAAGUCUGGAAACUAAACGGAUAAUUAUUGUUUUCUUUUAUAAAGAGGUUGAGGUACAAUAUGGUGUACAGACAUGCAGUCGAGAAACUUAAUAUAAUAUGGUAAAUCAAAUUUAAAAAAGGAAAAAUGAUUAUUAAAAAUGAUUACAGAAAGUAUAAGAUGAAGUUAGAAACCCACAGUUUUUCGUAAACCAAUGAUAACAAAAACAUCUUGAAAUGUUUGGAAAUCAUAUUAACCUAUUCUCUUUGGUAUUGUUACAUGUUUGCUUGAUAACAGCCGAGUUUCCCAGCAAAUUGGCGUUGACGGAAGAUUACUAUGAAAGUCGUGGCAGUGCGUACUCCGAUGACUUGGACGAAGCAGGCAAGUUUUUAAAAAAGUUUGAUUCAAAGGCAGAUGAUCUGGUGUAUAAAAAUGGUCUGGUUAAUUGGGCGUAUGAGACAGACUUAACUGACAAACAUUUGGAAGAAACAGUCAACGAAGGACUAGAAGUUAGCGAAUUUUUCCUGCAAAGCAGUGAAAAUGCAUCACAGAUUAAAACUUUAGAUUUGCCUGAAAAAAUUCAUCGACAAAUUAGCUUGAUACGUCGCAGUGCAGAACCAACGUCGUAUCCAAUGCGCCGUGAAAUCAGAGAGACGAUUGGUAAAUUAACGAGCAUUUUUGGUAAAGGAAAAGUACGAAAAAAGUCGAAGAAUUAUACACUUAGUGAUUUAACUGAAAUAAUGAAAAAGUCAAAGAGUCGCAAGGAAUUGAAUUGGGCUUGGAAAAGUUGGAGAGAUAAAGUUGGACCCCCUAUGAAGGUCUUGUAUAGCAAUCUAGUCGACUUGUUAAAUGUUGGAUCCAGAGAGCACGGUUGGAUCGACUAUGGUGACUUUUUACGCUCUGAUUACGAAAUGGGCGAUGACUUUGAACUAAGUUUGGAUCGCGUUUGGAAAGAAGUUGAGCCUCUAUACAAGGAAUUGCAUGCCUACGUUAGAUAUCAUUUAUCAAAACAAUACAAAACCGGUAAAAACGGAUGUAUUCCGGCUAAUUUACUAGGCGAUAUGUUUGCACAAAACUGGGAGAAUAUAUUCAACACAGUAAAGCCAUCAAAGUCAUCUAAAGCUUUUGACGUUUCUAACGAACUCAAAAAACAAAAUUAUACAGUAAACGGUAUUUUUCGAUUAGCCGAACAGUUCUUUGUCUCUUUGGGUUUGGAAAAAAUGCCAGCUAGUUUUUGGAAAAAGUCUGUUCUGGAGAAACCAAAGUCUAAAGAUAUGGUGUGUCACCCUUCAGCGUGGGAUGUUAGCAACACAGACGUAAGGAUAAAAAUGUGUACAAAAAUCAACCAAGAGGACUUGACCACAGUUCAUCAUGAAAUGGGACACAUUGAAUACUUUUUAGCGUAUAAAAACCAACCUAAUAUGUUUCGUGCUGGAGCUAACCCUGGUUUUCACGAAGCCAUAGGUGACACAAUAUCGCUGUCUGUUGAAACAACCAACUAUCUACAUCAAGUGAAAUUAACAGAUUCGCCAACUUUAGGAAAAGAUGACACGAUUAGCUUUUUGCUCAAUCAAGCUCUCCGUCGUCUCGCGCCUAUACCUUACAAUCUACUAGUCGAUAAAUGGAGAUGGAGAGUGUACGAAGGAAAUAUCACAGAAAAUAGCUAUAACAAAGAAUGGUGGAAAAUGCGGGUUAAAUAUCAAGGCGUUGAACCGCCUGUAACUAGACCAGCAAAUGCUUUUGAUCCCGCAUCUAAAUACCACAUCGGUGCAAACGUCCCUUACAUUGCAUAUUUCGUCAGCUAUAUUUUGCAAUUUCAACUUCAUAAAGCAUUCUGCAAAGAAGCUGGUUUUAAUGGUCCUCUUCACGCUUGUUCUAUUUAUAAAUCCAAAGAAGCCGGGAAAAAGUUAAAAACAAUGCUUGAAGCUGGAAGAAGCAAACCAUGGCCGAAAAUAUUAAAAGAGGCGAUUGGUGAAAACGAACUAAAAGCGACGGCCAUCUUAGAAUAUUUUUCACCUUUACGUGAUUGGUUGAACCAACAAAGAGAAAAUAAAAAGUAUCCAAUAGGAUGGAAGGAGCAGAUGUCAACUCAGGUUCUGCAGAAGAAGACGAAAAAAUACGAAGCUGGCCAAGAACGAUCAGGCAUUCUAAAAACCAACAGCGGCGAUGUCUCGUUAUCCAUUAAUAUCCCAUCUGUUACUUUAAAUGAAUUACUGAAAAAGACAACAAAUUCAGAUCAAACGCAAGAAGCAAUUGAUAUAAAAAAUAACACAAAUCUGUCUCCUCAAACAAAAAAGAAAAAUGUUACAGAGAACCCAACAAUUGAUUUAGGGAAAUUACUUAACUCAGCCAAAUCAUUAUCUAUUAAAUCAUCAGAAACAACAGCUUCACAAAGUGAAGAGGGAAAAGCUAAGAUAACCAACAAAGAAAUCGAUAUCAAUUCAGAUGCAGCUAAACAGAAAUCAAAGGGUGGUAGUACUCAAAGUAAGGCCGACCCUGCAAUGGGUGCAGCCUCAAUUGGUGCCACAUUGCAAAAAGCCAUUGAUGGUAUUGCAAAUAAAUCUACUGGUAUUACAUCACAUGAAGAAUCGUCGUUAGCUCCUUCUAACGAGGACCCAAAAACACUUCCUGUCUUGUCUUUACCCCUUGCUGUGAAAGAUCAACCAAAAGCAGAUUUUCCUUCUACGGUGGUGACUGAAAAGGAACCAAAGGAAAACCCAUCAGUAGCUGGAGUUGCCAAAAAUCCAGUAAACCCUGUAACCGCUGCUGUUCAGGAAGAACCAAAACCAAACCCUGUGCCAAGUAAUCAAAUUGCUUUAGUGCCUGUCUCUCUACCAGCUAAUCUAAUAUCUGCACUAAAAUCUGCAUUAAAUGGCACUUCGGAUGUAGAUCUCAGCAAAAUACAGAGUGCUGCGACGAAUACUAGUAAAGUAGAAAAUGAAGCAUCGCAGCCUUCAGAACUAAAAGGUAGUGAUAAGACAGGAAAUGGUAAACAAUUUGCAAACCUAUUAUUAAACAUUGAAAACAACUCCGCCUUGAUGCCACCUCAGGAAACAGCUCAAGCGCUAACAAACAAAAGUACAACAGAGGAGGAAAUGACACCUGCACUGAGUAAUGCAACGAUAACAAAGAAUGGAAAACAAUCUAUUUAUCCUAUUAUAAUAACACCGCAAGAAGAUUCUCAACUAGUUGAUUCGAAAAAUACGACUGAACCAAAGGUAACAUCAAUGGAUAAUUCAUCUGCAGUACCUAAUCAUGAAGUUGAUAGCUUCAGAACCACGCAGGAUGUGACUCCAUGUAAACGGGAAGAUGGAUCACCAUGCAUGCAAAGUAAGAUAGUAACUGAAGGGAAUUCAUUUCCUGUUCAAAAGACUGGUGUAGAUAAAUCAAAGCAAACGGUAUCUGUGUCUCCAUCAUUGCUUAUUGAAAAAUUGUUGGAACACCAUGUAGCAGAAAAUAGCGCACCAGAGCCAGUUAUAAAUGCUGUACCAACUGAUCUUAAGAAAAAUACUUCUUCAGCACGUAGUGAGCCGUUUAAAGCAGGUGAUGAGAAAACUUCCAAUGAGCUUGAUUUUAAUAAACUGAUAAAAGCAUUAACAGCGUCUUCUGUAGCAGGGAAUACUACUUCCUUACAGAACCAAACAAACCAGACAACCAUGACAAGAAAUGCAGAUGAAAAGAACUCGUUGGAAUUUCUUUCAUCUUUAUCACAGCAAAACAAUAAUGCAAAUUUCGACAACAGUACUAAAACUGAACGGAAUAUCGCCACUCCAAGUUGCAGCGAAUUAAAAAGGCGACAUAUAAGUUUAUCCUUUAAUUGCGAAGAAAAACCAAGCAAUAGGAAUCACAAAGGAGGUUCAUUAUCAAUCUCUCCAUCGGAGUUGAUACAAAGACUGUUAGAUAGUAAAUCAAAGAAUGAAGUAAGUCGAAAAACAAUACCUUCAGCACGUGUUGUGAAAACACCAAAUGGUUUUCAAUUAAACUUUGAUUUAAAUACCAAGGAUAAAAUUCCUUCAGAAAGUGGUGACACCAAAUCUGCACCAAUAGGAAGACAACAGCACGUAAAUGUGUUCAACACGCCUAAAGGAAUGGUUGUCAAACCGAAAUCUUCAUUGCAGCUGUUAACACCUUUGUUUGUCCCAAUACAAAAUAAGGACAACAUCGAGCUGGGAAAUAAAGAAGGAUGAUAUGAACGUGACAUUAUAGUAACAGUAAAUAAAUAAGGAAAAAAGUUAAGCAAACAAAGAGUUAUCUUUUCGCAGAUCUUUAGCUUCGUGUUAGAUCAUAUAACAGCUUAAUGUGAUGGUAAUACAUUACCUAAGCAUUUUUUAAGAAGAUGAUAAACAUGGAAAAAAUUUAACAUAAGAAAAAAAAUAAACUUUAUUGUAGAUACUUAUACAUAACCAUUUAUUUUUACAAUGAAAUAAUUCAGUUACAUUUUAUUUAUUUUAUUGUUUUUUCUUUUCUAUCAAAUUUCCACCGACGUUAUAAAAACAACUUAGCAAGGUAAACCUGUUAUAUAUUUUAAUAAACAUUUUUGUUAGAAGUGUUUUUGUAAGAUGUACUUGAAAUUGAGGUAAUGGUACAAGAUACUCGACAUCUGAUGCGAGUUUCGGUAUCAAGAUUCCACAGUGCACAACUAUUAAUUUUUUUUUAAGAACUGGCAAAGAAUCCAGGGCUACAUACAAGAAAAAAUGCGACAGAAAACUGUGAUAUGUUUUACUAUUUGAUGUAAAUGGACAUUUCUUUCUUCAGACAGGAAGGCAGGCGGCGUAUGGAUGGUUAUAUUAAAGUCUACGUCUUUAAAUGGUUCUUAGAAAAUUUUGGAACAAACACAGAGAAACAACGUCCACUAACGUUUAGCUGCAUUUGAGAGUAUGUUCUAGCCGGUUGUUUUCGUGCGGAAUGAAUGCGUACAUUUUUAUUGUAGUUUUUAUUCACAGUAAAAUUUGUUUCUUUGCUCAAA